ACGAUAAUCGCACAUUAUCCCCCUAUCUACGGAGUAGGUAUCUAGCCCACCACGCGAAAACCGGAACCAAAACGAAAAGAAAGAAUGAAUGAAUGAAUGAAUGGGAAUGACUCAUCCAGUAUCAAGCCUCAAGCCUCAAUCAUCACUCAUCACGAGAUCGCUAAUCAAUCACAAUAUCACUCAAUCAAUCCCGGGAUUAUAAAACCCAAGUGAAAAAUAAAACCGGCAGAAAAAAAAAAGGAAGAAAAGAAUUAGUGGAUAUUAGGGGAUGAAUUGAACCAUGGGUCAGAUCACGGGGUUGGUGGUUUUGGUUUUCCGGUUCCGGCGUAUCCUUUGCUGCUGCUGUUGCGUGUCGGUCGGAGGUUGGGAGUGCGAAUCGCCGAUAUCCCGUUCUUCUGACUCCCUUUCCUUGUCGGCGACGCGUAAGUGGGUUGGUUGUGCUGGGUAGAUAGGGAUUAGGAAUUACGGGGAUGGAGUUAGGUUAUGUCCGAUAUACUUUAGUUACUAUUAUUCCAGUUAUGGGGUAAAUAGGUGAGUAGGUUUGCAGUGGUGUGUAUUACCAUGGAUGAAGAGAGGGA